AUGGGAGACAUACAGCGAAAUUGCCAAGGACACGACGGUCCCAAGCCUCCCCUGGACGUCGCAGUCGUGGGAGGCGGCAUUAUCGGCGUCGUCACAGCUCUCGGCUUUUUGCAACGCGGGAUGAAUGUGGUCAUCUACGAGCGUGCUGCCAAAUUCGAAGAGAUAGGAGCAGCCAUUGGCUUCACUGGAGUUGCGCGGGAAUGCAUGCAGCGCUUGAACCCUCGAAUUCUCGAGGUUCUACGCCAGGUUGGUCAAAGGAGUCCCCAUGAGACGGUCCGCUACUGGGACGGCUUCCACCCGCGAACCAAGGAAUCUGCAGAGCAGGAAGAGAGCUCGUUGCUCUUUGACGUGCCACAGCAAGGUUUGGCCUUUUGGGCCUGUCUGCGGUCGCACUUUUUGUGUGGGAUGGUCGACCAGUUGCCCGAAGGCUCCGUACAAUUUGGGAAACAGCUCGUGAAUUACACGGACAGUGAUGGGAGCGAGAAAGUCAAGUUACACUUCGCCGAUGCGACAACCGCUGAGGCGGAUGUUGUGAUCGGCUGCGACGGAAUCCAUUCGGCAACGCGCAAGCUUCUCCUGGGCAAAGAACAUCCGGCGUCAAACCCAAGCUACUCUCAUAAGUUGGUAUUCCGCGCUCUCGUCUCUUUUCCCGGCGCAGUCGCCGCUCUAGGCGCCGACAAGGCUAGCGACCAAUGUCUUCAUUUGGGACCCGGUGCCCAUAUGGUAUCCUUUCCGGUGAAUAAUGGGGCAAUGUAUAACAUCGUGCUCGCCAUCCACGACUCGCAAGAGUGGCCGGAUCCCUAUACCAUGACUGCCACAAGCACGCGCGAAGAAGUUUCCUCCGUGAUGGAACACUGGGGUCCGCACCUGACCGAAAUAAUCGGUCUCCUACCAGAAAAACUAACCAAGUACGGCGUGUUCGACAUGGCGGAAAACCCGGCGCCUACUUACGCGUCUGGACGUGUAUGUAUUGCCGGGGAUGCAGCGCACGCUAGUAGCCCUUUCCAUGGUUCUGGGGCCUGCAUGGGCGUUGAGGAUGCUCUUGUCCUGUCCGAGUUACUGGAUCACGUCCAGUCCUUACCUGUAAGCGCAAGACCACACUCUCUCGCGGCUGCGCUGCAGGCUUUCAGUACCGUGCGAAUCGAGCGUAGCCAGUGGUUGGUGCAGAGCUCGCGCGAAAUAGGUGAUAUCUACGAGUGGCGGUACCCUGACACGGGUGAGGAUAGCGCUAAAUGCAAGGCUGAGUUUGAGUGGCGGACGAAGAAGAUUUGGGAUUUUGAUGUAGAUGCAAUGGUGGCUGAGUCGAAGAAGGAAUAUGAUAAGCUUGCUACAAGUACAGUAUAUUGA